GCGUCGUCGCGCUUUCAGCAUCACGGUCGGAGUUGUCAGGAGGGGUCUUCUUGUGUUCUCACCGUUGCGGACACGUCUCUUUAUUCGUUCCUGCUGUUGAACGUUUGAGUUGUUACAGGGGGCUGAUGACGUGAAAGACUUUUUGCAGUGCCCUUGCAGUUAAUCCCCUCGACGUCUCUUUCAUUGAUAUUCGCAAAAGAACACAAUAUCGUCUGGCACAGAGGUGUGGUUCAAGUACGAAUAGAGUCCCUUCAUCAGAGGCUGCCUCGAGACAUCUCGAAUCCACACGCGUGCGCACUUCCUUCUAUCAGCAGGCAACAGACAUCACAACUGAUUCCCUGAACAUCUUCAGACCACUAUCCUUAGCCUCGCACCUUGCAAUCAUGUCGGUGUCAUCUUCCACCGAACUGAUGGCGCCGAGGUCAAUAUCCACAGAGCUCAAAGUUUGGCCUGAGCCUCUUGACACCCCCGGAUACAUCCCGCAUCAUCUCAAACGAGCAGCAACAUCUCAAUUUCCGAUCAUCGAAGUGCUUCAACGUAUACUAUACCGGCUUCAACCCAGUACCGACCUGGAAAAGGUCUUGGCGUUGGUAGCCAUCUACAACGCAACUCAGCCUUUAUUUAGACACAUAAAAGACCUAUUCAUAUGGUCAUUCACAGUUCAGCUGACCAUUCCUGAGGUUGAUCCUGUCGCCAAGGAGGUGAUGGGCUGGAUGAGCUCGGAAGUUCUGGCUAAACAUUAUACGAGAAGCGCCAUGAUCACAAGCGGAGCAUUGUAUGAUUCCAACGAGGGCCAUCAAAACCACCCUUUUGGACCUCGUCAUCAUCAAAACAGUAAGGCACGGGAGGAUGAAGUGCAGUGCCUAAGACCGCCCAUCGGAAAGCGCAUAUUCUGGGUUGGGUACCGUCCGUUCUUAUUUUCUCGAGCCGGAGGAGAAGUCUCUCGAAGGUCGGGCGGCAAUGUACUUGAUAACCAGGGUGAAUUGCAGAACGCUUUAACAAUAACCACCCUCGGUUGGAACCUGAAACCUCUGCAGGACUUCGCCAACAUGUGCCGCGAGCAUAAGUUGAAGAAUCUCACAGGGACGACGACAGUGUACUUUGCUGAAAGUGGUCGUGGUACUUAUAAUGGCGUGGAGUGGGCGUCUAUUUCCAAAGCCGUACGCAGGCUCGAUACGAUUGAUAUGGACGAGAAAACCAAGACCGAUAUCGUUCGAGAUGCGGAGUACUACUAUAGUGAACAAUCCCGCCAAUUCUUUGCAGACUGCGGUAUACCUUAUCGCCGGGGCUAUCUAUUGCAUGGCCCACCAGGCACUGGGAAAAGUUCCUUUAGUGCUGCAUUAGCUGGGCACCUCCGAUGCGAUAUUUACCUUAUCAACCUCGCAGCCGGCGAUAUGAACGAUGGCAGGCUCCACCGGCUCUUCCUGAGUCUUCCCAGGAAAUGCAUCGUCGUCAUCGAAGACGUCGACUCGGCAGGCAUCAACCGUGAGCAGGCUGGUACCGAAGCAGUCGUCAGUGGCGAACAUGCACCUCUUCAGUCCAUUACUCAGGCACUCCGAUCCGUUGUCACACUUAGCGGUUUGCUUAACGCCAUCGACGGCAAUGCAUCCCAAGAAGGUCGCCUUCUCAUAAUGACUUCCAACCACCCUGAUGCCCUUGACCCUGCUCUCCUGCGCCCCGGCCGCAUCGACAAGAACAUCUACUUUGGCAACAUGAACAAGGCCGCAGCGAAGAGCAUCUUCCUCCGUCUCAUCGGACAAUCCGCACUUGCGCACGACGCCGCCUUCACAAUGUCUCAAAUUGAAGAGGAUGCCGCCGAGUUUGCAGAAAAAGUACCGCCAAACGUCUUCACGCCAGCGCAAGUGCAAAAUUUCCUCCAUGGCUGCCGUGGAAAUCCUCAAAAGGCAUUAAAGGAAAUCGAUGCCUGGGUCGAAGAGAAUCUCAAGUCGGGAAGACGCAGAACUAGCGACUCGGCGAUUCUGGUGGAUCGGGAGAGUGAAAAGUGAUAGUUAUCAUGACUAUGCCAAUUCGAAAAUGGUUAUGAACAUGUGUGAGAGUUUGCUGAGUGAUACUCAAACGGAGUAAGCGUUGUUAGGCCAACUGAGCAAAAUAG